ACAACCUUUUCUUCGUGCGGACUGCGGACUGUGGAGGUCGGGGAAAGAGGGUUGGUGAUUUGGAAGUAUCAAAGUAGUCAUGGCUUCAGAUUCCAAAACUUACUUGUUUGAAGAGGUCGCAGAGCACAAUAAAACUAAAGAUUGCUGGCUUAUUAUCUCUGGGAAGGUGUAUGAUGUUACUUCAUUUAUGGACGAUCAUCCUGGUGGCGAUGAGGUCUUGCUGGCUGCAACUGGAAAAGAUGCAACUAAUGAUUUUGAAGAUGUUGGUCACAGUGAUUCGGCAAGAGAAAUAAUGGAAAAAUACUACAUUGGUGAGAUUGACAGCUCGACCAUUCCACUGAAGCGUACAUACAUUCCACCCCAACAGACACCUUAUAAUUCCGAUAAAACUCAGUUUGUGAUUAAAAUAAUGCAGUUCCUGGUACCCAUCUUGAUUUUGGCCUUAGCCUUUGCUGUCCGAAAUUUCACAAAAAGAGAUUAGCCAAAUCUCUUCAUCCUUUCUCACAGAAACCAUCUGCAUUAGUAGAUUGAGUAGAGUUUGAGAUGCCUGUAUCUGCUAGAUCAAUUAUUCCUGCGAUUUUAUGCCCAUAGAUUCUCUAAGAUCUAGGAACUGCCGUGUGGGUUUGCUGCGUGUGCAGUAUGGUUUAAUCAGUCAGUCUUCUUUUUCUCUUUUUUUUCCCCUCAUUUUGGAGGGCAAAGUUUAGGAUCCACCGAUAUCCUAGGAGUUGUGUUAUUAUUUUAAGGCUGAGAUUUGAUUCUUUGGUGCCUAUGGUAGUGGAAUUUAAAAUUUUAAAUGCUUAAGAGUUAAUGUCAUUGGCAUCCUGACAUGGAAUCACUGAUCACUUUUCUUUAAUCAUAUAUCUGUUUUUUUUUUUGUGUACAAUAAAUGGAUUAUUUAUGUCAUCGGUAA